GAUGAAGUAAUGCAAUAGAACCCGUAUAAGGAAGUGACGUGAUUCUAGGCGACUGAUGAAGUCUGCCGAUUAUUGAUCUGAUAUAAUAUCCAGAAAUAGCAAUUAGUUUGACAAACACCCCAUACUGACCCGGGAAAUGACAGAGAUUCGAAGACUGCCCACGUUUGAGUAGAGGAGGUUCAAAGAAAAGAGUAAUCCUCUUGCUCUUACUUAAUCUGACUCCGCCAUUUUGUGUUAUUUGAAAAGUCGGAGAUGGCAAAAAAGACAUAUGAUCUGUUGUUCAAAUUGCUUCUGAUUGGAGAUUCCGGUGUAGGCAAGACUUGUCUUCUUUUCCGUUUUUCUGAUGAUGCUUUUAAUACAACAUUUAUCUCGACGAUAGGUAUUGACUUUAAAAUAAAGACAGUAGAAUUAGGAGGCAAGAAAAUUAAAUUGCAGAUAUGGGACACAGCAGGACAGGAGCGGUUCCACACUAUCACCACUUCCUACUACCGUGGAGCUAUGGGCAUCAUGCUUGUCUAUGACAUCACCAACACAAAGUCUUUCGAAAAUAUAUCCAAGUGGUUAAGGAACAUUGAUGAGCAUGCCAAUGAAGACGUAGAAAAAAUGAUUUUAGGUAAUAAAUGUGACAUGGAGAACAAACGUCAAGUGUCAAAGGACCGCGGAGAGUCGAUCGCGAAGGAACACUCAAUACCCUUUUUAGAAACGAGUGCAAAAGCUAAUAUUAAUGUGGAAAAAGCAUUUAUGGAUUUAGCCAAUGCAAUAUUACUGAAGACUCCAGGUAGAGAUUCAGAACCGAAGGGGGAGACCCUCACAGGUGGUUCAAAGCAAGAAAAGAGAAAUUGCUGUUCAACAUAAUAAUAUAUGGGACAAACUUUCAAAGACAAUUCCCUUUGCUGACUGUUGGUUCUCCUUCCUCUCCCUCCUCUGUAGAUGGGAGUGGUAGAAUGGACCUGGCUGUCAUUUCUCCCUCCUCUCCCUCCUCUGUAGAUGGGAGUGAUGGAUGGACCUGACUGUCAUUUCUCCCUCCUCUCCCUCCUCUGUAGAUGGGAGGGGUAGAUGGACCUGACUGUCAUUUUUCUCUCCUCUCCCUCCUCUGUAGAUGGGAGUGGUAGAUGGACCUGAAUGUCAUAUGCUGCCCCCUCUCCCUCUGUAGAUAGGAGUGAUGGAUGGACCUGGACUUAGUGCAUUGCCACAAAAAACACAGAUUCAUAUGCUGCCCCUUCGCAUUGAAGCAGAUCUAGUCGUGCAGUUUCUUGGAGUUUUCUGCACCAGAAAUUUUACCCCAUUUAUUAUCUUUAGGAAAGAAAAUGUACUUUUGAAAAAAAUAGAGGAAUUUAAGGUUUCGAUUGAUCAAUUAAUAUUCCAAGAUUUCAGCUGUAACAUUAUUUCAUAAAAGUUAUGCUGUUUCAAGGGAAAAGAGACAUACUUGAUGAUUUCCUAGCUAAGUAAUGUUAUUCACAAAUUAGACUGAUCUUACCCUACUCAGUCUGGAAUCAAAGCAUCAGAGUUAAUUCAAUACACAAGUAUGUGAUGAAAACAGAUAUAGUGCACUAGCAUAAUUGUAUUUUUUAAUUAUAUUGUAUUGGUAGAAAUGGAAGUGUGUUUCACUAAACAUAUUGAUUCGCUUACCGCUGAUUGUAAAGAAUAAACUGAUGCACCUGAUUCAUAAUACUGUAACAAAUGUACUAUCUAGAAAAUAAAAUAUAUGAAGAAAUGAUUUCAUAAGUAAUUCAGAAUGCCAAAAAAGUAAAUUUGCUUAUUCAAGAGUGUUAUCUAGUAUCCUGAUAUCUGAUACUCCCAACUUAUGUACUUCCUGACAGAAACAACUGGUCAACCUGUUGACUUUACUACUUGACUGCACUGAUUCAUAUCUUCUUCCUGGUUGCGUAAAACUUCAGUCAAGGGUAAACAUUGCUGUUACUCCCAAUUAUGCUGUACAGGUGGAAACAUUUGAAGUUUCAUUUUAGAUAAGACUGUGCUGCCAGUGUAAAUUCUGUGAUUGUAUCAUUUCAAUGUUACCAUGGAUUUUGAUGCCAUUGAAAUUAUAUAAAACUUGAUGUUAUGGUGUGUAUAUAACAGUAUUGAUCAUUGUAAUAACAAGGUAGGCAGGGAGAGUUUGAAGGUCAUCAUAUAUACACAAUAUAAAGAAAACAUAGUUCAAUUAUAUUGAUUCACUCUGUGUAUUUUAUGUAAACUUUUCUGGCAUUUUGCUAGAUUUUCUCAUAUAUAUUAUUACCAAUGGAGAUUGAUGUUUCUUCAAACACAGGGGAUAAAGUGAAAUGGUUACCAUGGAAGUACACUUUAAGCUUGUAUGGAACUAUGUUAGACCCCUGACUUUGUAAAGUUAUCCGACUGUAUAAAAGUUCAUUUGCAGAUUUGUGUAGGACCUCAAUAUGAGGAAACGUCUUAACACAAAGAACAUUCUGAACUUCAAUGCUUAAAUUUUACAUUUCUUCUUAAUAUUCUAGAGUUAAAUUCCAGAGGUGAUUUCUUAACAAGCUGAAAGAAAUGUUAUGACUCAAGGAUGUAACACCUGUAUUGACUGCCUCUUGUUGUGAUGUGUGGCAACUGUUUGACUUGUGUUCAGAUAUCAGAAUUCCAUUGCUGUGUCACCUGAUGUUUACAACUUGUUACAACUUUCUUGUUCUUCAGGCAUUUGUGAAAAAAUUGAUUGUGAUCAAAACAAAAUGAAACAGUAGUUAGCACUCUUGGACUAUGCUUGCCAUUACAUUUGCUUUAAACCAGUAUGGAACAUCAGUGUUUACCGUUAGGACUAAGUUCUGCACUGUAAAAUAUAAUGUUGCAAAACCUUAUUGAUACGAUUGCUGUCUGUAGAAUGUGUGUUGUAUACCAUUUAAAGGUUCUGUAAGGUUAAGAGGUCAAAUGUCCAAUGUGAUGAUUUUUCUUUUUCGCUUGUAACUUUUCUAUCAAAGAUAUUUUUGAAAUUUCAAAAUAUAUGCGCCAUCAGUAAGAGGUGUGAUAUAUACCUUUCUUACUUGAAGGGAGGGUCCUGCUGCAGUGUUGUAAGGGUUAAAGAUGUGUCAUUUCCCCUUACCAGGACCAUAUUUCAAUGUCGGGCAUAGAUAUAGGUCAAAGAUUGUUUCAUGUAGCCCUCCAAGUUCUCUUGUUCAUGAUCAUCUUUUGUGUUACUCUUACUGGAAGGGACUUGCUCAAAGUUCACACAGAAGUCAAAGAGUGUCCGACUUGUAUGCUUCUAAGAGUCUUGCUCUGAUGUCCUUAAGUGACAGGUCAACAGUGGUUUGCCAUGGACCUGUCUCAGGGCUGUACUCCUUGGUCACACCUAGAGGUAAAGAAAUUGUGUUUCCCAUGAGGGCCCUGUUCCAAUGUCAGAGGUCAAACGUUGUGUCCUGUAUCUACUCCAGGAUCAGGAUCACUCAGAGGUCAUAAGGUGAUAUUCAAUGUCCUGCAAAUUAUUAAAUUUUAGAAACAUAUAUGUUUUAAUAAUUUAUGGAGAUAAUGAUUACAGAUAUCUCAAUAAAUGUGCCAUUUAAGUAAUUCACCCCAGCAUAGCGCACUGCUUUAGAAUUUACAUCAAACAAGGCACUUUGGUCUUCUGCUAUGAAAAAAAUAAUGAAAUGUAACUUGAUUUGUAAGGAUGUAGCUUUUAAAUGAAAAGGCGAUUUUUAGGUUUCUCCUUUUGUAGAGAAUAUGUGUUAAUUGACUUCUAAUGUGGUAGUUAAAAAGCAAUACAGUCAGAAGUGGGGUUGGCAAUCCUUACCUAUAACACUGGUGAUCCUACCUAGAAACUCACCCAAAAGUACGGAACAGAGAGUUACCUCCCCUGUACAAGAUUAUGAUGGUGUCAUGUCCUUUGUAUAAAAGAGUUGCCUCUCAACGUUAAGUGUAACAGAGAUUGAGAGUUACUUCCCUCAUGCAAGAUAAAGCGAGUUCUCCAAUGUGUAACAUAUGAGAGUUGUGUCCCAAGUGUAAUUGAGGGAGAGAUGCCACCUUGUAGACAGUUAUUCCCCUUGUGUAACGCUGAUUGGAGAGUUGCUUCCUUUGUGUAUCCCUUAUAGUGCUAAGACAUUACAACCAGAUGGCACUUAAACUGCGACAGUAUUCAUAUACAUUGCUUCUUAUGCUAUAGUUUGUACACAAUGUAUCUGUACAUUUUUUAAAGGUCCUGAGUUUACUUGUCUUUUGUUAAAAUUCUACAUGGUUAAACAUUUGAACUUGAAGUGCCAACUUUUGGUCACAUCCAUAAAAGGACAGUAAGGAGGUGUUUUCUUUAUGUUAUUGUUUAUUUUUAAGUUGUAUUAUAUAAAUGACUUUUAACUGUCUGUACACUUUUUUCAUUUAAAUGAAAGUAGAACUAAUAGCAUGCAGAAGUAGUACCGAGUGUAAGCCUGACACCAUAGGUCAGAAUGUUCGAGUUUGAGAGGAUUCACAGUUGCAAUGAUUUUAUGGUCCAUAUACCAGCUGCUGUAUAUACAUAUUGAUAAUACGUGUAAUUUUUAUGUACCAGAUCUUAAUUGCUUGGUUCAAGUUGGCAAAGUGAUUUUGCAUAUUAUUGAUAGGCCCUGAUUUCUCAAAAAGAAGAUAAGCAAGUUGAGUUUUCUCAAAGGUACUCUUUAAAAUACUUGUUCCAACUUGAAAUACAUAUGAAGAAUGUAAACAGCACAAUGCCACUAGAAAAACACACCAAACUCAGUUGGCAAUCAUAUCGGCUAUAUAUGCCAUGACCAGGUGGUUGAGAAUGGUAGUGUUGGCUACCUCUUGUCCUCUGGUAUGUAACAAGUAUACAUUUCAUUUAUGUUAAUUUGAACUAACUGCUUAUACUUAAUGUUUUAUAUUUCAACAUUAUAUUCAAAAUUUAUAUUCAAAAUGGUGUGCCAACACUUAACGUUUUUGUGUCAAGUACCCCUGUAUAAUACAAACUGUUUUGGUAUUAGCUUUGAAAUGCUUGCAGUUUCAUUCAUUGUCUUUUUUGAGUGCCACCUGGAAACUUAAAAAUUCAACAUGAAGUGCAAGGAUGCUUUGUGGGUUUUUUAAUUUCAUGUUUACCUUCUGAUUCAUUUGGAACAUAAAUAACAACUGAAAGUUAUUCAGUCCCUAAGUGGUUAAUGUUUCAUCAUUUUAACUUUAUAUAUAUACAAAACUAUGAAACAAAUUUAUACAGCACAUUGGCACAAACAAAUCUGUAGAAAAAUUAGACUGAGCAUAAGUCUGGGGGUUUUUAUUAUGAAGAAAUCUGGGCAUGGUUAUAAUUAUGUAGUGCGACAGGGUCAUAUGUUACAGCCUUAGUUUGGUAUCCCCCAGGAGGAAGUUUGAUGUUUCGGCACAGGCUGUGUUUUAUUGAGCCAAAAGGCAACAGGAUUACAGGGUUACAGACCAGUUAGAUAUGAAGAACCAAUCAGAAAAGGUUAAUCAGUAGGUCACAUUUUCCGUGCUAGGUUUUAUUUUUUAAAUAUAACAGCAUUUGUACAUGGUGCUUACUGUACAUUUUGUAAGAUGAGGAUCUUAGGUGCAGUAAAAGCCUCUUUGCUGUCAUAUCUUUGUGAUCUCUCAGAUCAAAUUUUCAUGAUAAUUCAUACAUGUUUAAAAAAUUACAAAAACAUCUUCAUAAUAACUGAUGUUAUAUUUGAGGAAAAACUAUUUUCCAAUUAAAUCAGCUGUACUGUAGAGUACAAGCUCACAGCUUUAAAAAAAAAGUGUAAAUCUUCAAUGAAAUGUUGGGUUGACAUUUAGGCAAACUCAACCAUGUAUACAAUUUUGAGUUUGUAGUCGAAGAACUACAGUAUUUGAGUUUUUAUUUGCUAAUGGAAAUGUAUUUGGUUAAGAUGACUACCAAGCAAUACAUUGAAUGAAUAAUUAGUGUUAGAAACAUUACUAGGAAGGCUCAAUAAGGAAACCAGUCACAAACAGCAUGAUUCUUUUAAUGAGCAAAUGUUGCUGACUUGUGUGUAUAGCUUGUCCACUGUUGUGACACGAUAGUAAUGGGACACGUUGGCUUACUGUUAACUUAUCCUGUUUUUAUCAUUUUGAAAUGUGUUUUCAAUCUUGCUUUGUGUGACCUAUUCACAAGGUUUUCAUUUUGAGAUGUAGACAAUAGCUGAUUUCUAGUGAGAAGACAGUCGUAAAAUAGAAGUGUCAGGAUUUAAAGAAUGAAGUUCUGUUGGAUGUUAAUUGGUUGAUGCCAAUCCGUAGAAAAUUUAAAAGGACAAUGUCAGUAGGAUGUUAAGAGCUGUGAGAAUUAUUCUAAACGGCUAAAAUAUUAAUGAUUUUAGUUUUUAAGAUAUGUGUACGUACCUUCAUUGUGGAAUAUGAAGAUUCUCAUGUCCUGGUACACUGGUGACUGGAUGCUUUGCCUGUCCCCCUGUGUAGUGUCACUCCCAUAUAGUCUGUAAAACAGGCUGUUGCUCAUGAACAAGUGUAUUAUAGUGACAGGUUACUGGUAAGAAUGUAUGAAAGAUGCUUUUAACAAUCCCCUCUUCCUUCCAAAUAUCUAUAAAUGUCCCAUUUUUGCAACAAAACAGGUUUGUCUGAUACUGUCUGGGAAUAUGGUGUUUUGUUUAUGCUUAGAUAAGUGAUCGGCUUGGUAAUUUGGUUCCCCUUUUAGUUAGGUCCCAGUGGUCUGCACCGGAAACAUUUACCAACCACAUGCAUGGAGAACAAAAACAGUGUAUUUCUAAGGUCAGUCUUAGAUAUUUUGUUGACUACUAAAUCAUCCUUCUCCUGUAGUUUUCUGAAAAACUAAAUUAAAAUUAAUCGCAUGGGAGAGUUAAGAUACACCUGUAUUCAUAUGUUGAAGGUGUCGGGGAUAAAGUCUAGAUUUGCCUGUCAUUCAGUUCUCCCAUACCAUUUAUUCCAAUCUAAUAUUUGAUGGGUGGUAGAGCUGCAGAAAAUGUGACUCCAUCUCUCCUAAACGGUUAAAUCUGGAACAGCCAGAUGAAAUUAAUGUGUAUGCUGGUAAUCUUGGAUUUGUUGAACGUGAUUCACUCGGAAAUUGUUCCUGAUUUUAUAUCAAUAUAUUUUAUCUGGAAUCCAAGCUAAACUAGUUGUUGAAUUUUAAUGAUUUUGAUAAACUAUUUGUUACAUUGGUCAGUAAUAAUAAAAUUUAUCCUGGGAUGAUUUCAGUUUUUCCAAACAUAAAUAGACCUUUUUUAUUUGAUUUAACAGUUAUUAUAAAUAUAUCCAGUGUGUAUUGACUGUGACCGUGUGUGCCCCUGUAUGUGCAGAGGAGGCACUGCAUCGUCCGUUAUUGUUGCUAAUUGGAUGUGUGUCAAGGUGUCUAGUAUGUCUGGGCUUGUUCAACUUAACAAUAGUAUUUUACAUGAUGUAGCUUCUAAUCAGUUUAUAUAGAUUACAAAUGAUUAUUUAAGUAAAGUGUACAACAUGUAUCAGCCUAAAUAUCAUGCAUUCACGCAUCAAUCAGUAUGUAUACACUGAGUCAUAAGAGGAAUAAAGGAAUUCUAAUUCUUACAA